ACAACAUGUAGGAAACGGUGCCAUGCAUGUGGUCAAUCACACAGAGAAUUAGAAGCUCCUACAUGACUAAUGACAAAAAUAUGCUUCCUAAGGAAAACCUGGCAGAGAUGGGGGAAGGACAGUUAGCUAAAGUCGAAGAAAUGGAUAUCAAGGAAUUGAUGCAACAUGGCUGUGACACCAAGACCUCCGUGCGUCUCCAGGAUUGGUUUUAUGACCCUGACGAGGAGUAUGCUAAAAGAAUCUCUCUACCACCUAUUAAAUAUAUAAUGUCCACACAUCCCAACUGUGAUCUUAAUUGGAAACCCACAGCAAGAUGGCUACCUUCCCCUCGUUAUUCUGAUGCUCCAUUUCCUCAUAUCAAGGACUGUAAAUUCCCUGAAAGCAUCAAGCUUCUGCGUUCAUAUCCAAGAAGCAAGUCAGGCAUUCAUCCCGAAUGGACCUUUUAUCCAACUCUAGGAUUUCCUUUCACAUACCACGACGGGAAACGCUGUACCUUCCAAGGUAUCCAUUUUAGUAAUCGGGCAUCAGAAGACAGACAGAUAUUACCAGCAUGCUUGGGAAGGAAGAAAAAAGUCAUUGAUCCCAGGAACGGAAUCCCAGAGGCUAAUCCUGGUGACAAACCAUUCCACACCCCAGAAUACAGUAACGACUUCCACAAGUUUGGAUCUACAAGGCCAUUAGUGAAUUUUAAAAGUUCAUACAAGGUAAAGGCCGACACAUUUAUUCCACUGCUAAAAAUGCCCCAAACGCCUUGUGUCCCAUACAGAAUCAAGGCACAACAUCAAAUUAAGAAAGAAGAAAAGAGAGAAGUAGAAGAACUCAAUGAUUGGAAACCUUCCACCCGUUCCUUUCACUUUGAUAUACCUAGUACUGUACAGAAAACGUAAACAGAAUACAUUGUAAAGCUAAAUAUGUACACACAUUAAACAACCAGUCAAUCUUCUG